AUGACGCCCGAGCUGGCGGGGGCCGAGCACGUGCGGUACGAGAGCACCGGCCCGGCGCUGUGCACCGUGGUCUUCCUGCUCGUCUACUUCUUCGGCAUGGCCAGCUCCAUCUGGUGGGUCAUCCUCUCCCUCACCUGGUUCCUGGCCGCCGGCAUGAAGUGGGGCAACGAGGCCAUCGCCGGCUACGCGCAGUACUUCCACCUGGCCGCCUGGCUGCUGCCCAGCGUCAAGUCCAUCGCCGUGCUGGCCCUCAGCUCCGUGGACGGGGACCCCGUGGCCGGCAUCUGCUAUGUGGGCAACCAGAGCCUGGAGAACCUGCGGGGCUUCGUGCUGGCGCCGCUGCUCAUCUACUUGGCCAUCGGCUCCAUGUUCCUGCUCGCCGGCUUCGUCUCGCUCUUCCGCAUCCGCAGCGUCAUCAAGCAGCAGGGCGGCCCCACCAAGACCCACAAGCUGGAGAAGCUGAUGAUACGCCUGGGGCUCUUCACCGUGCUCUACACCGUGCCGGCCGCCAGCGUGGUCGCCUGCCUCUUCUACGAGCAGCACAACCGGCCCCGCUGGGAGGCCACGCACAACUGCCCCUGCCUGCGCGACCAGCAGCCCGAUCAGGCCCGCCGCCCCGACUACGCCGUCUUCAUGCUCAAGUACUUCAUGUGCCUGGUGGUGGGCAUCACCUCCGGUGUCUGGGUCUGGUCCGGCAAGACCCUUGAGUCCUGGAGGGCCCUCUGCACCCGCUGCUGCUGGGCCAGCAAAGGUGCCGCCGUGGCUGGGGGCACGGGGGCGGGAGCAGGCGGGCAGGCGGCGAUCGCCGCGGCGGGAGGACUUGGCGCCGGAGGCGGUGGCUCCCUCUACAGCGAUGUCAGCACCGGCCUGACGUGGAGAUCGGGCACCGCCAGCUCCGUCUCCUACCCCAAGCAGAUGCCCCUCUCUCAAGUGUGAGGAGGGGGAAAGAGGCCAAAGGUUAGGGAAGGAGGGACACCGGCCUGCCUAAAAUGCCCCCUCACUGUUUGGUGCCAUUAAUGAACCCCUAAUGGUCCUUAUUAGCCACAGCUUGUAUAGAACAAUGCAGCUGGCAGAGGCCCCAGGCUCCAGCCCCCUCCUCCUUCCCCUCCAUUCAUAUGCAGGGAGCAUGUACUUCAAGGAGCCAGCUUAUUAUUUUGCUGGCAGAGGAGGGUAGAGGCUCACCCGUGUCUUGCAGAGGGCAAGGCGCAGCGGCUUCUGAUUCACUCUGGACUAAUAGCAGCUCUCCCGCUCGUGGGAGGGAGGGUCUUCCUCCCCCCCCCCUCCCCGUCCUGCGGUGGGAGUGUGCUAGGACUGCAGGUUUUUGGGAUCUUGAUGACCAGGCAAAUGCCUUACAAUACAGACUGAAUCAAAACAUGUCUUAAUUAUACACCCCAGCUAAAUACGGGUUUCCUACAUUAAAGGAUGUAUUUAUAUAAUUAUUUGUUACCUUGUACAGAUGUGUAAAAUAUGUAUAUAUCCAAAGCUAUACAGUCUGUAAAUUUUUUUUGUAAAAAAGUUUAGAGGCUACCCCUGUAAGAACAAAUAUGAGUAUUCUAUUUUGUCAAUAAAAUGACUUUUGAUAAAUGA